GCUACAUCUUCUCUUUUGUCUCUGCCCGUGAUUCAUCUCUCUCUCCCUCUCUCUUUCUGUCUCUGUGUUGCGCGCUAAUUAUGGAACAAGUUCUAAUUUUUAGUACAUAAGAACAAGGCUGAGAAUCCGGUGCCGCUCUCCAACGACAAACUCUCGGGAAUUCCCUGAUUCUUUUUCUUGUUGGGGGCGAAAUGCGUGUCGUAUCUUCUCGGUUUUGGUGAUUUCUUGAGGGCAAUCCUUGUCUUGGCGAGGUGGGCUUGUAUUCUCAGAUCCAAAGGGCAAAUGAUGCGGUGAUGCUUUUUGGUGGAUAUGGAUGUUUUCUUGUUCUUUUAGCAGAAGAAAAUGGAUCCCAAGUUGCAACUCAACGCCAUUCCCCAGCUCGAGGAAUUUAAUUUGGCAGAUGGGAUCACUAGAUGAAAGAUCAGUCCGUGGACGCGAGGACAAAUCGCACCUCCACGGCAUGGACAACGUGACACAGAAGUCUGAUUUUAUUUGUGUGGCUGAUGAAGGGUCUUUUUCUGGGGUUUCACGAGUCAGUAGUGUGAAGAUGUUGAGCAACGGUGUAUGUAGGAGUAUAAAGACCGUUGUCUUCUCGAAUAAGCUAAACUUGCUUAUGCCUUUUGGACCUGUAGCCAUUCUCGUUCAUAUAUUAACUAGUAAUCAGGGUUUAGUCUUCUUUUUCAGUUUGUUGGGUAUAACUCCUCUAGCUGAGCGAUUAGGUUAUGCUACCGAGCAGCUGGCCUUCUAUACUGGUGCUACUGUUGGGGGUCUUCUAAAUGCUACUUUUGGGAAUGCGACUGAAUUGAUUAUAUCAAUUCAUGCACUGAGAGGUGGAAUGAUACGCGUAGUUCAGCAGUCAUUGCUGGGCUCGAUCUUAUCGAACAUGUUGCUGGUGCUUGGAUGUGCUUUCUUUUGUGGUGGGUUUGUCUUCAUAAAAAAGGAACAGGUGUUUAACAAGUCAACUGCUGUAGUGAAUUCGGGAUUGCUGCUAAUGGCAGUGAUGGGUUUACUCUUUCCUGCUGUUCUUCACUAUACGCACAGUGAGGUGCAUUUCGGGAAGUCAGAGUUGGCUCUUUCAAGAUUUAGCAGCUGUAUUAUGCUUAUUGCAUAUGGUGCUUAUCUCUAUUACCAGUUAAAGACUCAAGUUCAUCAAUAUGUACCACUGAAUGAGGAAGGGAGUCCAAGUCCGAGUGGAGAGAGUCAAAAUGCUGAUGACAAUGAUGAGGAGCCUGAAAUCUCUAAAUGGGAAGCAAUAAUUUGGCUUGCUGUUAUGACUGCUUGGAUCUCAUUUUUAUCGGAGUACCUGGUUGAUGCAAUUGAUGGGGCAUCUAAAGCAUGGCAUAUACCCAUUGCAUUUAUCAGCGUGAUAUUGCUUCCUAUCGUAGGGAAUGCAGCAGAGCAUGCAAGUGCCAUAAUGUUCGCGAUGAAAGAUAAGCUUGACAUCUCUCUGGGAGUGGCAAUAGGAUCUUCUACACAAAUUGCGAUGUUCGGGAUUCCAUUUUGCGUUGUCUUUGGGUGGAUAAUAGGGUGUCCCAUGGAUUUGAAUUUUCAUCUGUUUGAGACUGCAGUGCUCUUCAUCACGGUUAUAGUUGUAGCCUUCCUGUUGCAGGAAGGAACUUCCAACUACUUCAAAGGACUAAUGCUGAUUCUAUGCUACCUAAUAGUUGCUGCCAGUUUCUUUGUACAUGUCGAUCCGACCAAAGAUGAUGCUUCGUUAGAAAAUUGAGGUGAAGCUUAUGAUUUGCUGGUUGCCGCUCAACUCCUGAUGUAUAUAGAAGCAUACUCAUCGACCGGUACCAUGCGAAAACUGAAGCUUCUGCAGCCUGCUUGCAUUUGUUCAGUGAAUCGUAUCGAUCGAGUGCCUCGGGUGAAUUUUGUUACUCUCUUCCUCCCUCCCCAGCUUCUGCUCUUAGAUGGAGAAAUAUUUGUACAAUAUAUGCGAUAUAAAGAUUAAAGUAUCUUUCACAGUUUUGUUUAGCCUUGAAUUAUUAUGUUGAAUUUCCUUUUUUUAUUAUCUUUUCUGCUUGUCCAACAAAUGAAUCUGCUGCUUUUCUCAGCAAUUAUGAUAUCAAGAAAAUGUCUUUUUUUUUCCCA